UUCUUUCUUUCUUUCUUUCUUUCUUUCAAGCUGAACAAUACCCUAACCUCACAACCUUGGGCCCCGUGAGUCAGUUCACAGUUUACCGUCUCACCUUCGCCUUUCCGGUCUGGAACCUGCCAGUUCCAGGGCGGCCGCCAGCCCCGCCCGCAGAGGCCAAUUCCCCCCACGGUGCGCGCCCCUCCGCUGCCUGCGCCCUUGGAGCCUUGCCUGCAGUCUCAGCUUCGAUAGCCUCUCAGAAUCUGUUCUCCGUCUGGGAACCCUCGCGCGGGUCCCGGAAUUGUCCAAGGACCGAGCUGCGGGGUGAUACCCCGUGCACCCCUGGCCCUGGAGCGCGCAUCCUCCCAACUUCUGUUCUGGAAGCCAGACGUCUGGGGCACUUCGGGGCCUUUCCCUCCGGUGUGGAUACGGCGCUGGCGGUUUAGUAAGGAAGAAAAGAAGAGAAGCGAUGCCUCCGUAACCUGGUCUCCUCUCUCCCCCAAGUUCAGCAUCCUACUCCCUCCUCCCCCGCCAAGUCUCCCGGCUUUUCUCGGGAUGGGGGAGGGACCCGAGAGGUUCGAGGAUCGGGGAGCGCCGGGGUCUCACCGCCCACCCACCUCUCUCCAACUCUGGGUUUGCCAAGACUUCCUGCGGCGUAAGAGCUCCGAAGAAGGUCGUGGAGGAGCCAGGGACUCGCUCUCUGCUAGGCACUUUCUUCCUCCUUUUUCGAGUCCUAACUAUACUCCGGACGCCCAAACACAAAAGACCCCGCAGGUACUGUCGCCGUGGCCGAACUUGCUCAACCCCAGCACUCCUGUAAUUGAUCCCCCUUUCCCCGCUUUAGAGCUGGUGUGGACCUCACCUUUGCAACUGGGCAGGGGGUUUCUGUCCCCUGUCUACACCAGGGGCGGCUGCGCCAAUGUGUCAGGCGCCAAUGUCUUUCUCAGGUUGAGGUCGUUGCGAGCUCUGGGUGCAGGCAGCUAAGCGCCCGGCCGCACCACGCAUCUCCCUUCGCUCCGUCAGAAGCUCCCAAGUCUGGAGGCCGCAGCCCCGGCGCCCGGCGAAGCUCCAAGCCCUGCGCCACCGGCCCACUUGUGUCGGUACCACCCAAAGCAACCAAAUGCAUUUUCGGAAGCCAGGACUCCAGGGAUGUGAUAGCUACACCACCUAAUAACUGUACCUGGUAGGGAUAUUGAAUAAGUCUGAGAGUGCUGUUAAGUUUCUCCGGACAGAAUCAUCUUUGCGGAUGCAACUGCAGAACAGGAAACAGACUCAGGGAAAAUUGUAGUCCCCCCCCCCCCCCCAUCUCAUUGGCUAUCUGCACAAGCUAAGCCACAACAAUCGCUCCUGCAACACAUCGGAUCCCUUUCAGUACUCGAAGCCGUGGACAGCUCCCUCACCUCGAGGUCCGUUCCUCCGCAGUGAGUCGCCUCGCGUCCAGCCCGCACGGGUCGGUGCGGCACCCGCCACCAAGUCUCCGCCAGCGCGCAGAGAACACGCGCUCCCCCACUCCUCCCUCUCGGUGCCCCCGCCCCUCGCUCACCCCGACUCACUCCAGCGGCGACUUUGAGGGAUUCCCUCUCGGGCGGCCUCUGCAGCAGCACAGCUGGCCUCAUUUGCUGCACGGCGAGCAUGGAUCUCAGAGGAAGAGGCUUUCCCAGCAUCUACAGACUUCGAGUUCUCCUGAUGCUGUUCCAUACAAUGGCUCGAAUCACGGCAGAACAAGAAGUGGAAAAUCUCUCAGGCCUUUCCACUAACCCUGAAAAAGAUAUAUUUGUGGUGCGGGAAAAUGGGACGACGUGUCUCAUGGCCGAGUUCGCAGCCAAAUUUAUUGUCCCUUAUGAUGUGUGGGCCAGCAAUUAUGUCGAUCUGAUCACCGAACAGGCGGAUAUCUCACUGACCCGGGGAGCUGAGGUGAAGGGCCGCUGUGGCCACAACGAGUCGGAGCUGCAGGUGUUCUGGGUGGAUCGCGCGUAUGCGCUCAAAAUGCUGUUUGUAAAGCAGGAAAGUCACAAUGCGUCCAAGGGACCCGAGGCGACGUGGAGGUUGAGCAAGGUCCAGUUUGUCUACGACUCCUCGGAGAAGACCCAUUUUAAAGACGCAGUCAGUGCUGGGAAGCACACGGCCAACUCCCAUCACCUCUCUGCCUUGGUCACCCCAGCUGGGAAGUCCUAUGAGUGUCAAGCUCAGCAAUCCAUUUCACUAGCCUCCAGCGAUCCACAGAAGACAGUCACCAUGCUUCUGUCCGCAGUCCACAUCCAGCCUUUUGACAUCAUCUCUGAUUUUGUCUUCAGUGAAGAGCAUAAGUGUCCAGUGGAUGAACGGGAGCAGCUGGAGGAAACGUUGCCCCUGAUUUUGGGGCUCAUCUUAGGCCUCGUCAUUGUGGUAACACUGGCGAUUUACCAUAUCCACCACAAAAUGACGGCCAACCAGGUGCAGAUCCCUAGGGAUCGAUCCCAAUAUAAGCACAUGGGCUAGGCAGCCCCCGUGACCCCAUCCCCCAGCUGGAUCAGGUAGAGAAACAAAAGCACUUUUCCACCUUGUACAUGGGAUACACCAACAUAGCUACAAUGCAAACAGGCCUGGGUGUCCAAGGCUUGCUUGGCCUGCGUCCAUGCUUAAACCCAGGGAUGGGGGGCAUUCUUUUGGAUUCAUGGGUGAAUGGCAGAUAUUCUCUCCACACUGGGGAAUGAGGCGGGAGGGGUCAGCCAGCUUUCAUGCUCAUGGUGGCUUGGCUUUGACUCUCCAAGGAGCAACACAUACAACUGAGAAGAGUAUCUGGCUCUGAAGUUUAGGGAUGGAAAGACACUUCUUUUGGAAAGACACCCCUUUAGGUUCAGAGAAAUAGGGGGUGCUUUGGUCCCUGGCCUACCUUAUUCAGUUGUCAGUGCAUACAAAAUACAGCCUCAUGCUCCCUACGGCAAGACCCCUGAAAGUGAUCCAUGCUUCUGGCUGGCAUUCUGCAUGUCUAGUGAUUGUCUUGGGAAUGUUUCACUGCUACCUGCACCCAGUGACUUUGCAGCACAGAACCUGUUUAAUGUAACUAUGCACAGUUGUUUGGACUUCAUAGUAUGUCAGGUCCAAGUAAGGGGACCUGAAGAAUCAAUUGUGUGAGUUUGUUUUUCAAAAUGAAUUAAAACACACUACUGUCUAA